AUGUCUGGUCGAGGAAAAGGCGGCAAGGGUCUCGGUAAGGGUGGUGCCAAGCGACACAGGAAGGUCCUUCGUGACAACAUCCAGGGUAUCACCAAGCCCGCUAUCAGGCGAUUGGCGCGAAGGGGUGGUGUCAAGCGAAUCUCCGGUCUUAUCUACGAGGAGACCCGAGGUGUCCUCAAGAUCUUCCUUGAGAACGUCAUCCGAGACUCUGUCACCUACACCGAGCACGCCAAGAGAAAGACUGGCAAGUCGAAUCAUCCCCCAACCAUUCACACGCACUGA